AUGGAGGACUGGACAAUCCCUGAUGAUCGCAUCACGGCGUCCAGCAGUAGCGGCGAUAAACUUGCCAAGAAGGGACGUCUCAACAAUAACAAUGCUUGGCAGGCUGCAAGCGAGACCAACGCCUGGAUUGAAGUGGACCUUGGUGAGAGUACAGUGGUAUCAGGUGUUAUCACACAAGGCGCGUUUGGUUGGUAUGUGAAGCAUUACAAGGUGGCGUAUAAGAAGCAGCCCUCAUCAGACUAUGAAUAUGUGAUGGACGGAAACGGAGACAACAAGGUGUUCAUUGGAAACUUUGAUGUCCACACCCCUGUCAGUAACAUGUUUGAUGAAAGUGUGUCGGCCACGGUAGUGCGCAUUGAGCCUAAUAAAUGGCACCAUCAUGUUGCUAUGCGAUUGGAAUACAGUGGAUGUCGCCGUGGCUAA